CCAUCGACGCCAUCGCUUCCCUGCACAAGUUGAUCUCUCGCCUUCCCCAGAUAUCUUCUUCCAUCUCAUCACCACCCUAUCUACCUAACAGUGCAAUUGCUUGUCAACAGUCUCUCUCUUCAUGCCCGAACCAUGACCGGAAAGUUUCUUCAGCACCUCUGACGAUCCAGCAAAGACGUUGCGUGGGCUGUCUCUUCCUAGUCAAGUCCGUCCGGCGUUCCACAUUUUCGCCAACGAGAACGAGAGAACUCUGCCUCGACGACCAUCCUCCAACCCUAUCUGCCUCUCAACCCUCCUCCAAACACGCCAUUUCUCUGCCCUGCCUUCUACCUCACCUUUUGAAAAACCCUGACCAUCAUCAUAUACACCCAUCUCGUCCCUAAAUUGCCAGAUUUCGAUCCUCACUCCAACCUGCGCAUGUUGGAAGUCGCGGCUUCUGCCGAUCCACAACUGUUACGUUGUUGGACUAGCCGUCGUCACUCCACAACCUCACCCUCGACUUCCAACCCAAAAUGUCUACUCCUUCAGUAGCAACCACCAUACUUCCCCCACAUCAUUCUCAGUAUGGCUAUCCCCACCAGAAUCUCUACUCGCCUACGACACGAACAUACUCGACUGCCAAUACGUUGCCUGCCCAGCAGAGAGUGAAUAACCCUUACCCUACCUACCCUACCGCCGGCGGAGUUAGCCAGUAUCCUAGACCUCAACCUUCUCCUGCUAUUUCAUACCGACAGCCUUCGAACCCUUCGAUGGCCUCAUCCCUGCCCACCUCAUCGCAGGCUGCAAGCAAACAGCCCGACUGGGGUGAAUUUUACAAAAAUGGUAUCCCCAAGGAAAUAAUUGUCAUCGAUGACGAUUCACCAGAGCCUGGCCCUGACCCUCCAACAAACGUCUCGAAUGGACAAAGAUCUGAUCAUACUCAAUACUCCAACGGUCGAAAGCGAAAAGUUGACCAGGGCUAUGAAGUCGAAUACACAGAUAGUCCCACCUUUUCCACACAUCCAGCAAAGUUUGGUGGCUCCUCAUCUGCCUCUUAUCAAUCCGGCGACCGGACUCAGUCUCUGCAGACCGUGACCGCCCCUACUUCUCUCGAGUCAUACCCUGGCAACAAUGCCAGUAGUAGCUAUGAAGACGUAAGAGCCGUUGGUCAAAAGAGAAAACGAGUCCAACCCCAGAAAGAGACGAGAGCACAGGCAAAGCGGAAACAGCAAGAAUCCACAACCGAUGCCUUUGCAGAUUACAUUCCCCCCUCUAAGCCUCUAAGGAAAGCGGCUGAUGUUCAUGUUCCCCUGGUUCGCGAUACCCUACACAAACACCAAAAGGUGGAUGACGAUGAUGGACACUACCUUGUCACUCCUAAUGCACAACUGACAGAUAGAUGUAAGUCAAACACUCUGUCCAAAGAGCAGCUGAUAGCUAAACUUGUCACAGAUGAUAUCAUCAAACUUCUGGGCCAAGGCACAUUUGGUAAAGUUGUCGAAGCGUACGAUCGCAAAAAGAGAACAAAAUGUGCCGUCAAGAUCAUUCGAUCUGUUCAAAAAUAUCGGGAUGCUAGUCGAAUCGAGCUCCGCGUUCUUUCUACGCUCGCUCUCAACGAUAAGACGAACCGCAACAAGUGCAUCCACCUUCGAGACUCUUUUGACUUUCGCAACCAUAUCUGUAUCGUCACAGAUCUCCUAGGCCAGAGCGUCUUUGACUUCCUCAAAGGGAAUAGCUUUGUCCCUUUCCCGAGCUCACAGAUCCAGGCUUUUGCACGGCAAUUGUUCACCAGUGUUGCUUUCUUGCAUGACCUCAACCUGAUACAUACCGACCUUAAGCCUGAAAAUAUCCUCCUCGUGCAUAAUGCGUACCAAACAUUCACCUACAAUCGAACCAUUCCCUCGUCUUCUCACACAACCUCAAGGACCGCGCGUCAGAGAAGAGUUCUCCUUGACAGUGAGAUCCGCUUGAUCGACUUUGGAUCUGCAACCUUUGAUGACGAAUACCACUCGUCGGUUGUCUCGACAAGACACUAUCGUGCGCCAGAAAUCAUUCUGCAGCUGGGUUGGAGCUUUCCGUGCGAUAUCUGGAGUAUAGGCUGCAUCAUUGUCGAGUUCUUCACUGGCGAUGCCCUCUUCCAAACUCAUGACAAUUUGGAACACCUUGCCAUGAUGGAAGCGGUUUGCAACGGCAAAAUCGACACCAAACUGGUCAAACAAGUGUGCCAGGGAAGCCGAGGGGCGAAUGCUAAUUCGGCGUCCAAGUUCUUCAAUCGUGGCAAACUGGACUAUCCCAACAAUGAUACUUCAAAGGCUUCCAGAAAAUACGUCAAAGCAAUGAAGCACCUUCACGAAUUUAUCCCCGCCAAUACAACAUUUAACAAACAACUAUUGGAUCUUCUCAAAAAGAUCUUUGUCUACGAUCCUAAGAACCGCAUUACCGCGAAGGAAGCCCUGAAACAUCCCUGGUUCCGAGAAACGAUGAUCGAUGACGGCACAGAGGCAAUUCGGAUACGAGAAGAACGUGCCAACGCUGGCCCCGAUCCUAAGCGAGCGCGGGUUUGACAGUGUUUGGGGUGACACUCGAGCAAGACAACGAUGUUGAGUAUUGUGAAUGAUGAUGAUUUCAGAACACUCGAGCUCGGGCCUCAAUUAAGUUGGCGAAGGAAUUGUUUCUGCAGAUCACGAUCCCCCUGAGGCAUGAAUGAUGUGAUGAACACCCCGGGUACAUAUGAGUGCAAGGCAUGGUGCAUGUGAUAUUGCUAUGGAAGACUGUAGGAAGGAGACGCGGUACACGGGGUCAUUGGAAUGGCCACGGGGCAGCUAAUGGCCGAGCUCUUUUCCAUUGUCGGACUUAUCCAUCCAUGCACACGACCCUAGCUAGAGGUCACUCACGCUCAAAGGUGCACCGUCGGUAGAGAUGAGCUAUUAGUAUUGUUUUCAUCCUCGGAGCCAUGGCAUGUUUUGUCGCACAAGCUAGUCUGACCAUGCGAGUGGUGGGACGUAGGGGGUCAUGCAGACAUACAAUAGUCGUAGAUGUGAAUGUGCUUAAGACAGAAAACCAUUUCGCAAAAGAACUUUCGGGUAGAAAGAUGGGGAAAACGUAGCUUUCGCCAUUACUAUGAAAAGAUAAGCUGAUGACUCUACUAGCUGGGAGUUGUGCGAAUUCUUCCAAGAGAGGACCUUAAGUAUAUUAGCGCUGAUCGAAAUCAAGUGGGAG